GCGGCCGGAGCCGGGGCGCGGGGGAUUUGCGGGCAAAGGCGCUUAGUGCGCGCGGGGGAUGAGCGAGCCCGCCCUCCGCGCCGACACGGGCUGCGGCAGGGAGCGGGGCGGCGGGGCCGGGGCCAUGAAGGUGAAGCGGAGCAGCGGGGCCGGGGCGGCGGCGCCCGCCUGCACCGAGGACGAGCUGCUGCGCAAGGCGCUCAUCGGCCCCGAGGACGUGCUGGGGCUGCAGAAGGUCACCACGGAUUAUCUGUGCACCCCGGAGGAAAACGUGUACAAGAUCGACUUCACCAGGUUCAAAAUCCGGGACAUGGAGUCGGGCACGGUGCUGUUCGAGAUCACCAAGCCGCCUGCGUCCGAACGUGAGCACAGCGAUAAGAAGGAUGUUGACCCCAAUGCCGGCCGGUUCGUGCGCUAUCAGUUCACCCCAGCUUUCCUUAGACUUCGGCAAGUUGGAGCUACGGUGGAGUUCACAGUAGGGGACAAGCCCAUUAACAACUUCCGCAUGAUCGAGAGGCACUACUUCCGGGACCAGCUGCUCAAGAGCUUUGAUUUUGAGUUUGGGUUCUGUAUCCCCAGCAGUAAAAACACCUGUGAGCACAUCUACGAAUUCCCACAGCUCUCAGAGGAUCUCAUUCGAGAGAUGAUCCUUCACCCCUACGAGACGCAGUCGGACAGUUUCUAUUUUGUAGACAACAAGCUGGUGAUGCACAACAAGGCGGAUUAUUCGUACAGCGGAGGGCCGUAAGCGUGCGGUGGGGAGCAGAGCUGCGCUGGCCUUCCCUUUCCUGUAGAAAUUGUCAGGGAUUCCAACACCUUCCUCCAGGUCGCCGAGCAAGGAUUCAGGAACCAAGGAUGCUUUGCUAUAGUAGGAGUUUCAGGACUAAAUUUGCUGAAGUCUUUCCUCUUCUCUGAGCUUUGAAGCAGAACCCGGUUCUUCAACGACUCUCCAUUCAGCGUGACACCAGAGUGAUCCCUGGUCACCAGUGUCUGGGGCUCUCGGUCGCUCCGUGUAACGAUGGCCCUAUGGCGCGUAGUUGAUCCCAGUCUGCGAGUUCCUUGCCAAGACUCUGCAGAUCCCCGGCCUCAUUGUUAAGCCUCUCUUAGCACGUGAUUGCUCUUGCAGGAAUGCAGUGUGGGGGAGCCUACGAAGGGGCAGGAGUCCAACGCGCGUGCCGAGACGCACGUCGCUGUCUGGUUCUGCUCAGGAAUUCCCCGAGGGCGCAGUCGUACGGCCAGUUGCAUUUGCACGUCCAGCUAGAGAUGUCUCGCUGUCAUCCCAGGAAAGAAAACAUACCUGUGACAUUAGAAAGGCCAUCUCUACAAACAUAGUUCAGCAAAUGUUCCCCUCUCUCUGGGGGACGUGUCCUGCUAGAUAGCUUCAAAACAAGAGACCUCGCAUUGGAGGAUAGCGAUCCGAUGAAAGGCUCUUUUUUUUAACCGAAUACUGCCCUUUUCUUCCGCUUCUGUUAGAAGCGUGGCGUUGUCCUUUCAUUUCACUUUGCAGAGUAACCGGGUUAAGAAGUUGAUGCUUUUUAGUUCUGUUUAGCUUUACCAGGCAGCUAAUACUGAGCCAGUCCCUGGGCUAGGCUUUUCUUGCCCACGUCAAGAAACUCCUUCCUUCUCCGGCGAGUACAGUGGUAGGCACAUCUGUGUGGGUCGUCAGGAAAGAGGUUUUAUUUCUCCAGGGUCAUUGGAGUGAGUGGACUCUCCGGUUUCCUUGUUGUGUAUAAACGUAAAGGAGUUUGUGAUCCUGCGUGCUUUCCUCUUUCUGCCAAAAAGAAAAACAAAAAAAGAAUAAAAAUCCUUUGCACCAGACCUGCUCCAUCCCAUAGAGACGACGAGUUGCACAACGUGGGGCUGGGUGGCUGCACUGUGGCUAGCGCUGUGUCUUCACUGCUGGUGCCCCGUAAGGAAUUAAAGGAUCAUUUUUGCACAGCAUUAUUACACGGCCUUUUGGAGAAGGGGGGCAGGGAGAUGCAAACCUCAACCAAUACCCUAGAAUAGCUGAAAAUCACUGAAACAGUGUCACGUGGAAAGAUGUUCUUGUCCUUUUCUUCGGCCCUUUUGUCUGCUACCGACUUGUGGUCAUGAAACCCUUACUCAAAAGCUCAGUUCCCUGGUGUCAGAAAAAUGCAGCUGAAGCUUGUAGAUAUUUCCUGUAACUACUUGGUGUCUCCACGUCUGUGAGGUCAACGGAAGGCCCCGCUAGCCUGAGACGGGUGUGAUUGUCCUCGUUUCGAUAAAAGUCUGUUUCCUGUUGUGAAUUAACACCUUUCCCAUCGCAGCCUAAUUCAAACAGGAAAACUAAAGGCCCUUCUCAGUGCCGUGCGAACAGGGAGGCUUUGUCUGAACCGCGCGUGCUGUCUCGGAGCCGGUGAUGAGAUUAAGUGUGGUUGUUUGUCCUUGGCUGGUUUGUUUUUCACUUUUGACAAAUAAUCCUGUUUUUUAAGGAUACUGUAGCAGGUUAGGAUGCAGCACAGCAUUUUUUUUAAUUAUUAAAAAGCUUAACUGUAGGCCAAAGCAUGCAUGGAUCGUUCACUGAUUUAACAAACUACUACCUUGCAGGAUGAGGCCCAUAGUUAUCGCAAGCUUUUGUCUCUACUCUGUCUAGCCAUAAAAUCAGCUGGCGUCAGCUUAUGACGGUUUCAAGGAGCUUUCCUAGUUAUUUCUGUAAUGUUCUAGUGAUUAUUAGUCGAUCGUUUGGCAGCACAGUGAUUCAGCGCAAGGUGAAAACCAGUUUACAAAAAGUCUCUUGGACAGGUUAAAAUCUUUCUCUUGCAUCAAGACUGUUAGACUGUGUCACGCCGAGAAGUUUCCAAAACUCCUGGAAAUACUGAAGACUUUAAUGUCGCUCUUCAAAUAUUAAUACGUAAGGAAGUACGUUAAUUGAUUUGGAGGCAGUGGAGAGUACAGUCGGCAUCAGUCGACAGCACUUUCCAUUGUAUUAAUAUCUUCCGCCCCCCAGCUGUUGUCAUGAACCUCUUCUGCGCUUGAUCGCUAUAGCGGGGGCACGCAGCGAGUCUGCCAGACACCUACGUUUCCAGCAGCAGGCAGUUAAAAUGUCACCAUCUCUGCCCACGUUGCAAAAGUGAGAGUUAUGCCGUCUUUGUGCAGCUGUCUCCAGGGAGGGGCUGUUGGCAAGGAUCCUCUUUGAAUCUGAACGCGGCAACAAGGCAGUGUGGGGGGACCCCACUGAAGUCCCUGGCCCCCUGCUCCUUACGGUUAGUUGUCAACCUUAUUUUUUUUGGCUAAUUUUAAAAAUGCUCCCCCUCCAUGCUUUUUUUUCCCCUUUCACCUAUGUCCUGUAAAAGUGGAAGUGACUUAGUACGGUAGUUUGUGAGCUUGUCUGCCUUCAUCACACUGUCAGGGCAAGACCUGGAGAACGGGUCCUCUCUCCAGCAAGUUGCAGAAUGGAUGUCUUGGUGCAGUGCCUCGUAUUGCAAGGGGGACUUCAGCACGAAGGAGAAUGAAAUAUUAAUGAGAUGAUUCAGGGACUAUUUGAGUAAACUGUGAUUAUGACCUAUAUUCAGGGCAUUGUGUUUUCAAGCUAGCAAACCAUCUGAAUGUGAUCUGUAUAGAAGUGCUUACUAGCCAGUUUGCCCAGCCCUACAAACCAAAAUGCUGUAAACCUUUAUAGAGACUGGGGGCGGGGGGGUUUCUCAGCCACUUAAUGGAGUAAAGUAUUGAAUUUAUAUCUUUUGGCUUUGGUUUUUGGUUUUUUUUUUUAUAUUCUUUCCAAAAAAAAAAAAAAAAAGAAGAAAAAGAAAAAAAGAGCCUCCACUGCUGAGAUAACAAGAACGCCUGAUGCUUUAUGAACUCUAAACCAGCAUGUAGGAGUGUAAGAGAGAGCAUUUUCCAUUCCUGUGUACUGUUGUUUUAACUGGUUAAAACUCGUAUUUACUGAGAGCUGUAGACUGUUAAAAGCUUUUAAAAUAACCUAAGCCUAGUACAGAAGUCAAUGGCCUUGGACAACAGGCAUGUUCCACUUCUCUUUCUGCUGCUCACGCAGAAAAAUAGUGCAUAAUAUUGAAACAAAGAGUGCAUCAAGCUGUACACAACAAGAGGAUUUUAUAUCAUAGUUUUAGUGCCCUAUAUUGAAAAAUACUUUGGUUUAUAGCCCCUAGAAAGUUCUUUGUUAGUCUCCUGCUGACUAGUAUCCCAGAUUCAAAUAGUAGUCCAUACUGGGUUUGCGCUGGCAUUGCGAAUCCCAGCUUUCCAGGUGGACGGUGCAUUCAGCUCUACUCCCAGAGUCACCAGAUAGUGAUACUACACCUUAAAGUAGUGUCAUUAAUGACCCUCCUGGCCUUUCCCCAAUGCCCACCUUUGACUUGCAAAACGAGUUGGAUAGCCACUGUAUCGGGAGGUUAAUGCUAUCUCAGAGUCAGCUUUCCAACAGCAUAAAUUAUCUAAAUUUAUUGAUUUCUGGUGAACACGGGCUGUUAAAAGUCAAAUGAAAGAAAAUCAAAGCCAGAUAAAUCAGGAACAAUCGUAUUCAAGACGACCGUCUUUUAGGGAUUCUCUUACUUAUUUUUAACAUGUUAACUUUGCGAAACUUUUUGGUACUUUCCUGGAGCAUGACUUAAUAUUUUAUGUCCACUGUGGUUGUCUUAAGUGAAGUUUUGGACUCUGAAUCCCUGUGUUGCUGAUAAUGAAAUACCUCCUUGAAUGAGGAAACCCAAAUUCUGACUCUGUGAUAUCAUUCUGACCGGACAAGGCGAUUGACUCUCUCUUUUCUAAGUCUUUCAGCUUAAGUUCCUUGGAACUAUGUUUUUUAAUUGAAGGAACCGGGCAAAUAUUUAACCCUGUACUGUGCGGUCCCAUGUUUCAUAACCUAUGGACUACAGAACAGAGUAAAUCCUUUUGAGACGGAAAUACUUCUAAGCCCCGACCUUGUCUCGGUGACCCAAGAGAAGAACCUUCCUGUCGACGUGUCCUUUAUUCGGCAAGGGAACGGAUUGUGCGUUAGUCGAAUCUUCCAUUAUCACUGGCUCAGAAGGACUCGGGGUCUUCUUUAAAUGUUGGAAGUCUCCUCCUGUCAGGUUCAAAAACAGGGUCGCAAUCUCUCUUUCCCAGGAGCACAUCACUAACGGGGCUGGCUUCUCUAUCAGACCUUUGGGCCACAUGUUUUUGCCACUCCUGUAUACAUGUUUUUGAUAACUAUAACCUAGAAGAGUUGGCUACAAUUCUUCAUUGCGAUGCAAACUGUAUAUUUACAUGGAUACUGCCUGGAUAUUAGCUGUAUACUGGAACUUAACCGUGGUGUACUGAGCUGUGACACAAGUCCAGUUUUUAUGACUUAGAUGUAGCCACUGACCACUUUCCAGAGUCCGAUGCAGCCUUUGGUCGAGUAAACUUAGACCCCCUGCUGUUACAAAACUCGAGUGAGGCGCGUGGCUGGGUUUCUAUGAAACUAGUCUUUAAAUUAACCAUUGGGGGUGGGAAUGGGCUUAACUGAACAACACUUACUUAGCUACGAUAAUACCAAUGAUAGUGGAUGUCAUGCCUCCUACAUAUUGCAAUACUGACCCUGCAAACAUUAAGUUGUCGGAUGGUUUCAGUCCACCAGGUCUGACCGCCUGCCGGGUUCCCAGCACCGGUGCUAGCCUAGGAAGAAGUGGGAUGGAUGCGACCGCGUGUAAACCGGGGCUCAGAACUGUUACCUUGGGUUAGGGACUCUGAGGUCCUGAUAGCUUUAAAGUAUUCUUUGUUACGUGAAGAAAAGAUUGCAAUCCUUUGUAGCGUCUUCGUGUCUCGAACGCAAGGACUGGUCGAGUUCACACGACUGUUUUCAUGUUCCUUGGAUUCAUACUGAAGCUUCUCUGAUAGCUCCCUACACAUCCCUAAACAUGCAAUAUUUGGGGGACUUGACGUGAGAAGCGGCGCGUGGGCGCCGGCUGGGUGGUCCUGGGGUCACGGCACAGUCUCUGAGCAGGUGAGCUUGCGUGCGCUCAUCCCUCCAUUCGCCUCCCUAGAAGCACUGUGCUAAUGCCUACUGUGAUGUCUGCUCUUCCCUUAAUGCUACACCAAGGAUACCUGUCUGAAUGUGACAGUCUGACUUCUUUUGCAUAGAAUUACCUUGGAUUGUCUGUAUUAAAAAUAUGUAUUUAUAAAAUUAAAAAAAAAAUCUAUUUUUGGUGGAAGGAAACUAGGAAUCUAAGCAUAUUUCCAGGGGGAUGAUAUUAGUAACAUUUUUAUCAAAUUCAUUUUAUAAAUCUUUGUAUCUUGUAGUGACCGGACCCACUUCUCAUUAGUGCAUUCAGUGUAGCUGGCUUGGUGACAACGCAAAGCAUUGUCAUGCAGGAGACCUGGGAUUUGGGGGAAUUAGGAUCUUGGUUUUUUCUUUCUGGGCCAGGAAACGGAGCAGUUGCUGGAGAAACAGAGCCCUUGGCAGGCAGUUUCUAGUUUGCUUCACUUGUUUGUAGAUGCUGAAGUAGGAGCGCAAAGACCGAGAGUGCAGGAGAAAGCAAAGUAGAUUGGCUUAGCGUCUCCCUACAGGGACCGUGCGAAGCCAGUACACGCGCGCAGUACAAAGUGAGCGCACUUGCUUCCAGCUCACUAAUAUUGCCAGUCAAGUCCUACGACUCCCCAGGCUAAAGAAUACGCUCAAACAUUUCCAUUAUUUUGGACAAGGGUUUAAACAUCUGUAACUUCCAUUAGCAAGUGUUUCUCCUCCUGUAACACGUUGCAAAAUGUAAAUAAAGAAAUAAAAGUAAAUUAUUGAUCCUAUAA